AUCUGACCACGUGAUGAUACCUCAUCUGCGUCAGCACUGUGUAAAUAGAUGACAGUACUACAAAGCAACGAACUGGAGUAUUUAAGAGGCAGCAUUUCAGAGCCAUCAUAACAUAUCUAACCUGGACACAGGGUCUCUCUGAGUUGAAACAGGAACGUGCUCCAUUCAUUUAAAGCAAUGUACAGUGGCAUCUGCAUCUUUGUGGUCCUGGCUGCCCUCUCGGCAAAUUCCCUUGGACAGCAGACUUCCAAGUCCAGUCAUGAUAUCCCAGCAGUGGAGGAACUGGAGCAGAGUCUGACAGAAUACCAACGCCAUGCCCGGGCUCCACUCUCAGCCAGCCAAAGAGCCAAUCCUCGGGUCUUGUUGGCCAGAUUUAUCCAGCAAGCCAAGAAAGAGCCUUCUGAAAAACCCCGAAAACCACCCACCCCCAGGGACUACUUCGGCUGGAUGGAUUUUGGGCGCCGCAGUGCAGAGGAAUAUGAUUACUCCUCCUAAGAGCACCAGCCUCUCCCCAAGCGGACCAGCCAACUGUGGCUCGUCAUGAAGGAAAAACAAUAAAAAAUCAUUUUUGUCGUCUCUGCAGAUUUGGUGUUCUGAAAUUAUAUUUAUGAAAUUCUUGGUGUGAAAAUUUGUCCCUGAAACUAACUGAUGCAGAUGUAGGGGUUUCCAAAAUAUAUUAAAAAAAGAAAAAUGUUUCCUGACUUCUGGUUUCUGAUCGUGCCCUGUUGAUCUGAUGUUAAAAUGAUUUCACUUCUGUGUCUCGUCCUGUAGCCAGUGGAUGUUACAUAACUGAUUGCAGCAGGUCACUUUCAGUGAACAUUCCUGCUAGUGAGUGUUAGUGCUCAAAGAUGACAUAUCGAGGUUUCCAAUCCAGCAAAGAGCCAGAAAGAUUGAGAACCCCAAGCCUGUAUACGUCUCUCUUGGUUACUGGGGAAUUAGAAGUCAUUACGCUUCAACUCCACCCAGGCUGCUCGAGCUUCUUGUGAAGUGUGAGUGCUUCAAGCACGCUUACCAUUUUCUUUGUUUUUUAUUCCCCUUUCCUUUUCCAUGGUGACAUUAUAUGUGACGAUUCUACUAACUGCUACGGUUCACGGAAUAAAUUUUAAUGCUCCCUG